GAAAAAAGUAAGCAGAAGAAACUACCACUCGAAAUCCUUGAAUCAAACCCUAAUCGAAGAAUCCAAAUCUUUCAGGUGAAAAACUAUAAAAGAACAGAAAAAGGAAGGAGUAGAUGGAUUUAGCAGACAAGGCCGUGGGGCUGCUGUUAUCGGUAAUCAGCUUGUCAGUUUUCACUUACUAUACAUUCUGGGUGAUCAUACUGCCGUUCGUUGAUACUGAUAAUUUUGUGCACAAGUACUUUUUGCCUCAAGAAUAUGCCAUUCUGAUUCCGGUGUUUGCUCUUGCGGCGCUGUUUUGCUUCCUCUGCAUGUUUGUUGGAUAUGUGAUGCUCAAAUCCAAAAAGAAGAAGGCAUAAUGCAAGAUCUAUAGUGUGUGCUGCAACUACCAUUUUUUUGUCACAUACAGAUAGUUUUAUUGCUGGGUUUCUCUUUUACUUGUAAAUGGAGGAUUUAGAUGAUUGCACUCAGUUCCUGUUAAUUUGGUGAAACCUGAAACUGGUAAUUGUCUUAGAA